UGCGACUGCUGACUGGGUAACUCCUGCCUCUCAGCCUCAGUGUUGCCAGCUAUAAGUGGGGUGCAUGCCCCUCUGCAGGAGUCAGGGAUGCGGGCAGUGGGCACCCCAUUGUCCCUCCUGGGCCCUUCUCUCACCAGGGGCUGUGCAGAGGAAGUGGGGGCAGACACUGAGAGGCCGCCUCCCCAGCACGGCAUCCACCCCAUUCAGCGUUCUGGCGAGCAGGAAGUCGGGAUCCGCUUGGGUUCCAGACGGGGGAAGAGGAAGGGAAGGGCCCGGCUGGCCCCAGCCCCGCCUCCAUCCCGAGGGGCUCCGGCCUGGGUUGAGGGGGGAACCGCCAGCCCUUCCCACUUCCUGUCCAGCCGGUCGUCUCCACCCCCUGUCGCCUCCUCCCCCAGCUUCCUCUCUCGCGGGCCUCCGGUACCCCGGGCGGGCGCGGAGGAUAGGCCCACCCUGCGCGCUGACGGGGGAGCAGACCGCACGCUUUCGUCGGGCCUACAGCUAGAGAAUUUCGAGCACCCCGGGGCCUCGGGGGCCGUGGGAGUCAAGGACACCCUCCUCGUAAUACCGCGUCGCACCACUGCUCUCCAGCGCCUACUCCCAGCGAGGCACAGAGAGGCGUGGCUCACCAAGUCACACAGCAUUUUGAUGACAGCUGUGACUCUGGGCUCUGCAGACGCUCCUCCUACCACUCCAGGCUCCCGCAAAUCCCCGUUUAUCUCCCAAUGCUCUGUGGCUCCCUAGGAUUCCGCACGCUUUGGAAUCCCUUGCCGUCUCCGAGCCGCGUUGAGCACCCGCUGUGUGCGGGGCUCUGGGGACCUAGCUGGGACACGUUGCUGCUGCCUGUGGAGCAGAAGGUCUAAUGGAGAGAGUCAAAAACCGGCGAGUCAUUAGGGUAAUUUCAGGGAGUGCUACGUGCCGGUCAAAGCCGGGGAGUCCCGGUGGGCUGGACGGGGCGGCGGCAGGGUCUGCGCGGCUCCGCGGGGAAGGUGGAGGUACAGGAAGGGAGCGGGGCGGAGGCGCCCGCGGCCCCUCCCGCAGCAAAGAGGGAGGCGCGACGGGUGGGAGCGAAAGCGCAGUUCUCAUGGCAACCGGGACGGAUCUCCAAACAACCUCGGCGCCUGCGAAGAAGUUGGCCUAAAGGGAGCGCUGGGUCCGGGCUGCGUGCGGGAAGCGGAGCCGCGCGCACAUCCCAAGCAGGGUGCACGCCACGCAAAAGCAGAAUCUACAGCGAAGGACCCCCGCCAACCCUUGCAAGGGAAAGACACGGGGAGGACUUUUUUUUUUUUUUAAAGGAAAAGGGGUGCAUCCCAAAGAUCUGAAAGCGGAAUGUCCAGACUGCAGUCAGAGCAAGUGCAAAGGCCCUGCUGCCGGGUAGAUCGAGGUGGCAUGGAAGAGACUGGGGUAUUGCCCAAGGAUAGAGGCCUAGGUAGACUGGGGUCCUGGGCAGUGCCUGGGAAUUGGUCUAAGAGCUGGGGGGCAGGUAGCCAAACAGAAAGGCUCAGGGUCAAGGCUGGCUCCCAGACCUGCCACUCGUCCGCGGGCUCCUGUGCGCCCCCUGUGUUGCGGUGGGGGUCGCAACGCUGAGCAAGUCUCUGCCUGAUGGGACCACCGACGCCCCCAAACCCCAGCUCUGCGGGGUCCGGGCAGUGCGUAGACCAGCCCGAAGCGGGCUCUGAUUGUAGGGAAGGAGGGGGGCUGCCCGGAGGAGGGGCCGUCCAUCCCCUCCUCACUCCCUUCCAGCCUUAAUAUUCUUGAGACCUGUCAUGCCCUUCACAGGCCAACCUCCCAGCCUCUGCACCGGCAGUUCCGCUGCCUGAAGCUCCCUUUCUCAGGCUCCUGACCUGACUUUUUCUGGCUCCUUCUUUGGCCUUUGGCCCCAGGAGUUCCUUUUCUUCCUCCCCCGCCCCCUCCUCUCCCCACUAACCCACCUCCUCCCCCUGCCCCUCCCUCACCUUCCCUGACGAUCUCCCUCCGAUCGCUGGUUCUGCACUAGCCUUGGUUGGACUGGUCACUGUCACGACAAAAUGGUGUAUCAAGUAAUCUGUUGGCAGCCUCUGCUCCCACUGAACGUCCCCUCCCUGCGGACCCUGCGGUGGGGUCCAAGGAAUAUGUUACAUGAGUCGUGGGGAGGGCUAGUGUGGGCUUUCCUGCGGAUGGCGUUUCCUCUCCACAGGAGGUGGAAGCAGCCCCUCACAUUCAAGUGGGGGUC